UUCGGUUCUCUAGCCAUGGGGUGUUCAGCGACCAAAGCAAAGACCACAUCCAGGACGGACCAGACCAUCGUUGCCAAGAUCAUGUUCGCCGAACCAGAGGUAUAUAAUGAAAACGAUUCAGCUCGAGAAAAGGCCCGAAAAAUGUCAAGAGAAAUCAUAAAGGAACGAAAUGACACAACGGGCGGACCUAAGCGUUCGGUCAAGCGUGAGCACAUUGUGAUAAAAUGGAUUCUCAGAGUUACCCAUAUGAACAAGGACAUGAGCAUCGAUUUGGCGGAGUGGCUCCAAGACGGCAAAGUUCUAAGCAACGUCAUGACCACCUUGUGCUUCAACUCCGUGGAGAACGACCCGUUCAUCAAUAAAGGCCUGAGUGAUGCAGAGCAUCGCGUCCAGCAAGUAAUCACUCAGAUUGAGAACUACGGUGUUGAUCCGAAAUACAUCUUCAAACGGGACGACAUUCUCCUCAAGAAGAACACGCCCAAAGUUAUUAGAUGUCUCGAAGAGGUCUCCAAGCUGGCCAAAAAGGAGACGCACGUCAAGUUGGAUACACUACUCAAGAACAAAUUGUACACAUAAAAGUUUAUAAUUCCUCAGAAAUGUAUUUCAAAAAUUACAAAGUAAGCAAAAGAAACUCCGUAUAAUAGAAUCAACGAGCACUACAUAACGUAUAAAAGCAAACAUUGUUUAUGAA